AGGGGGCACCCUCUGGGAGCGCAAGGGCUGCAACACCCCGAGUCGCCGACCGGAGGUCAGCAAGCAAACUGGCAGCUCACAGGCGCCCCCGACCGAGGGCCCCCCCAAAACUAUCGGCGUGCAGCCGGAGAUCCUCCGCGGCUCCCCCCAAAGCAUGGAACUGAGGCAGGGAUGUGACUGGACAAAACUGAGGACGUGGUUGAGAACAUGGCUCUGAAAAGCCAGGCGCAUAAGGAGGUGGCCGAAACGGAGGAAGGGAAUUAUCCUCCACAGAAAGAUGAAAGCCAAUUUGUUCUGGCAUGCCUGUUGGUCAUUCUUUGUCUGAUCUGAGAGAUUGUGGCAGCACAUCAAAACUUAGAAAUGAAGUCAGUAAGCAUGAAACACCCUUUGAAAUUUGGAACCCAAAUUUGAGCACCAAGAAAGAAUGCUCUUUCACCUUUUCUUUGAAUGGAAGCUCCAGGAGAUUAGACCAUAGUGUAUUUAGAAUAUAUGGUGAACCAAAUGAGAAUACCUACUCAGCUCUGCGAUCCAAUGACUCUUUCAGUGAAAGGAUGGAAAAUCAUUCUAAUAAGGACAUUAUUGUUUAUGAAGAAAAAGAAGUGGUUGGAUGUGUAAAUUUAGGAAUGCUUCUCAAGUGUCUGCCUAGAUAUUCUCAUUUUAAAGUAGCAUUUGGUCAAAGAAUAAGUAAGCAGGAAGAAAGUGGUCAGAUGUUACAUCAGUGUGAAAACCCAAAUAUUGAAUGUAUUUUUUUUCAUGUUGGUGCUAUUGGGAAGGUGAUAAGGGAAAUUCUUAAGGUCCUGGAACUUCACCAAAAAAAGUAUACUUUAAAUGGUGAGACUAUCAAAGAAACCCUUUGCAAGAAUGAUAGAUUGUGGUGUGACCUAGAUGAAUUUUAAUGGAAACUAAUGGAAGGUCAUAAUAAAAUUCAUGGAAAACAGUCUCCAGUGGAUGAAGUAACAGGAAAAGUCUUAGAAAUGGACAUUUCUAAAAGACUAUUUAUCAGAAAAGUUACCUGAAACUAAAACAGUACCCAUAAAUAAUUUAAACAAGAGAAUGAAAGUGUCACUGAUGAAAUCAAUUCCUGUGCUUUGAUACUGUCAAAGAACAACAUCCACCAACUAGAGAAAGAUGGAGAGAGUGAAGAUAUAGAACACAGCAGAGAAAAAAUUCUCCCUCAAAGUUUAGGACAUGAUAUUGAAGGUAAAGCACACCAGACAAUUUCUAGUAUUAUUUAUUAUUAUGAUAAUUGUUUUGGCAAAAAAUAUAGGAAAAUAAAAUCACGAGUUAGGAAAAGGCCCUCUCUGGGUAGGCGACAUGCUGUUAAUCAGGAUACCCAUAAGAAGACAACUAAUCUAGCCAAAGUCUGCUGAAUGUUGGACAAAUCUAUAAUGCAUCAAUAUCCAAGUUUUAGUGAAGAGGCACUUUGGAAGAGAAAGUAUUGUCAGAAAGAACCAGAGGGACAAGUAAUCUGCCGAUAUUUAUACAAUCAAUUUAAACAAUUCAACCUUUAUAAAAAGUUGUCUGGAAAAGUGUCUGAAAAUUCUUCUUCGGUUGCAAUCUGUGAACAUCUUGUUCAUCUUAAUAAAUCAGCUGGAUUCAUGAAAUGGGACAAUAAUGAAAACACAGGUAACGCUGCUUGCUUUAUCUUCAAGGAUGGUUAUAUUUCCACCUGUCGACAUGUUGAACGCCUUAUGGUGGGAGAAAGCACAGGUCCAAGUUUGUGGCCAGAUAUAAUCAGUAAGUGUACAAAGGUAACCUUCACUUAUGAAAAGUUCUGCCCUAUUGAUGUCAAUUGUUUUUCUAUUGAGGCAUGGUUUGCAGUGACUGUUGGAACUCUGGAUUAUGCCAUUUUUAAACUAAAAGAAAAUGGAAACACAUAUCCUCCAGGUCUAUUUGGACAAAUUUCCUCUCAACCAUCUGAUGGCUUGGUUUACUUUAUUAGUUUCCCAGAAGGCCAGAUCAAGCAAAUAGAUGGUCAUACAAUGACCCCUCUAGAUCAAUGAUUUGAGAGGUAUCCAGAGCAUCAUCAAGAUGGGUGGUAGAACUCCAUGCUGCUUGUCCCAUUUACCCAAAGAUGUUUCUUCUCGGAGGUUUGGAGGACUGACACUUAUGAUUCUUGUUUCACUAGUAUUUCCUCUGGAUCCCUGUUUAAUGCAUCUGGCAAGUCGGUUGUGCAUACCAUUGGGCAUUUUUGUAAACAUGGUCAUAAUGUUUAUGCCCUUAUUGAAUUUGGUUAUUCCGUGGAUUCAGUUCUUGGUGAUAUUAAACAGAAAAAAAAUGAGAGCUUAUAAACAUAAUUAAAUAAAGAGAAAAAUGAGAACCACAAUGAAGAAAAAAAUAAGGAAGAAGAAUCAUCACCUCAAGAUCAUCAGAUUGAACCUAGGAAAUAUCAGGUAAAAAACUGCUCUCUGCAAGAAAAUGUGUCAGGGGAAAAUGUGGAAAUAUUAAAUUCACCUACCUAGGGAAUUCCCUAUAUUCUCACAAGCACUGGGGACUAUCAAUAUAGUAGGCCGAGCCCUUGAUCUUGGGGCUUGCUCUUAUGAAGCCUGUUACUGCCAAGAAGAGGCUAAGCCUACUUAUAAUUGUGCCUAAGAGUCACUCCCAGAGAACCUCUUUUGUUGCUCAGAUGUGACCUCUCUCUAAGCCAACUUGGCAGGGGGACCUGCUACCUUCCCCCCUAUGUUGGACAUGACUCCCAGGGGUGUAAGUCUCCCUGGCAACAUGGGACAUGACUCCCGGGGAUGAGUCUGGACCCAGCAUCAUGGGAUUUAGAAAGCCUUCUUGACCAAAAGGAGGAAG